UGUCCUAGAUUCAAUCUCUGAUUCUCUGUAUAACUAUCAAUUGAAUUGUCUUAAUCGUAGAUCGAUGUAGAUCGAUGAAAAAUAAGUUUAAAAUAUGUACUUUUAACUGAAACUCAUUGUGGAUAUUAUCAAGCAAAGUUCAGCUUUUACAUGUCAACUAAAGCUACUUUCUUUUUUCCAUCCAUCAAAGCUGGCUUGAUCCAUAGCAUUCAGAUCUACAACUUGCUCUGUGCUGAGGGUGCACGUUCUAGACAUUCUUGCUGAUAAAAGUUGGGAUAAAAUCAGUGUUUCUGUGCAUUUAAGUGGUUCUGUAUUGAUGUGUCUGCUCUUUUGAGUGUUUUACUGAGAUCCAAUAGUUUUGAAAUUGGAUUAAUUGGGUUUGAGACUAAGAAGAGGGUUCUUCGGUGGAGUAAGAUAUGGCCUCUGGUGAAGGGAGGCGGCGUCAUCAUGAUCUUGUGCCUCUUGCUGCGUUGCUUAAGAGAGAGAUGAAGAGUGAAAGGAUGGAGAAGCCUACAGUGAGGAUUGGUCAAGCUGCUCAAUCUAAGAAAGGGGAGGAUUACUUUUUAAUUAAGACGGAUUGUCAGCGUGUGCCGGGGAAUUCUUCAACAGCGUUCUCUGUAUUUGCGAUCUUUGAUGGACACAAUGGAAAUGCUGCUGCUGUUUUUACUAGGGAAAAUUUGUUAAAUCACGUGCUGUGUGCUCUACCUCGAGGGCUUGGACGAGACGAGUGGUUGCAAGCUUUACCUAGGGCAUUGGUUGCUGGAUUUGUUAAGACUGAUAAGGAAUUUCAGAGCAGAGGAGAAACUUCUGGAACCACAGCCACGUUUGUGAUUGUUGAUCGGUGGACUGUGACAGUUGCAUCUGUUGGAGAUUCUCGUUGUAUAUUAGAUACACAGGGUGGUGCGGUUACCACCUUAACAGUUGAUCACAGACUAGAAGAGAAUAUUGAAGAGAGACAACGUGUUACUGCAAGUGGAGGCGAAGUUGGGAGGCUUAGCAUUGUCGGGGGCGCUGAGAUUGGUCCGCUUCGAUGCUGGCCAGGAGGACUAUGCCUUUCUAGGUCCAUAGGAGACAUGGAUGUUGGGGAGUUUAUAGUUCCAAUACCGUAUGUCAAACAAGUGAAGCUAUCAAAAGCUGGUGGAAGGCUUAUAAUUGCUUCUGAUGGUAUAUGGGAUGCUGUAUCAUCGGAAAUGGCUGCAAAAUCUUGCCGCGGUUUGCCUGCCGAACUUGCAGCUAUGCAGGUUGUCAAGGAAGCCCUAAGGACAAGAGGGUUAAAGGACGAUACAACAUGCAUAGUUGUUGACAUAAUCCCACCUGAUAACGAAUUGCCAUCAACGCCUCCCCCGAAAAAGCGGAAUAGGCUGAGAGAUCUUUUUACGUUCAGGAAGAGGUCCCGUGAUGCUGCUGGUAAGCUGUCAAAGAAGCUUUCAGCUAUAAAUAUAGUGGAAGAACUGUUUGAAGAAGGAUCAGCAAUGCUUGCUGAAAGACUAGGAAAUGAUGAAAACACAGGACAAUCAACAUCUGGCCUUUUUGUCUGUGCUGUAUGCCAAGUUGAUCUUGCUCCAAGCGAGGGUAUAUCCGUUCACGCAGGUUCAAUUUUCUCGACAAGCUCGAAGCCGUGGCAAGGUCCUUUUUUAUGUAGUGAUUGUCGCAAUAAGAAGGAUGCAAUGGAAGGAAAACGUCCUAGUGGAGUUAAGGUGUCAUAGUAGGCUCAAAAUUAGAGUUAUUCUAUUCUUUAAGCAAUCAUUCGCUUUUCAUAAUCACAAUUUUUAUAGGCCAAGUAAGUAAAAGAUUGAAUCUCACAAUCAAGUAGCAAAGACAUGGGGAGAGAGGCCAGCACUGAGUUUUUGAGCGUAUGAAGAUUGUUCAGCAGCUCUACCUAACUGUUAGAAUUGAUGGGUUAAGAUCGUUUGGGGUAGAUUAUUUUGUAUAGUAGAGUAGUAGUUAUGUUAUUUAAUGUGUAGUUAAAAUCUGAAUAAUCUUGAUUAUCUAACUAUGCACAACUCCAACUUCCUGUAUAUAAAGCUUUUAACCUCUACUUAUGGAUUGAAAUACCAAUUUCCUAUUAAUUCA